CGUGAGGUGGACUGAGGUGUAUGAUUGUUAGGUUAUAAUUUAUUUAUAAUAAGAAUUUUUACCUAAAAGUGAAGAAUAGUGAAUAAAAAUGAAGAUUCUUACAAACGAGAAUAAUACCUCGACGUUGAAAUUAUUAAUUGCCGCCAAUUUGGCUGGCAAAAAAGUGGAACUGCAGAAUGUAUCUUUUGAAGGCCCUCGCUCGCUGCCACUCCUCGAGGUGGACGACCAGCUCGCGUUCUUCUCAAGCAAUGCUGCUACGCAGUACCUCUUCCCGGUGUUGGACAUGUCGCAGAAUGGUCAGAGCCAACAAAUGCAAGAAUGGGAGGCGACGAGACUGCAGCCUGCGGUCUCAGCAGUCCUGGCCGCCAAGACAGUGCCAGCUGAUCUCAAGCAAGCGCUGGACGCACUUUUACAACACGUAGAGGCCCUUGUCGCUGCUAACAAAUACAUUUUUGGAGACAUGUUGUCAGCGGUCGACAUAUCGUUAUGGAGCACCCUGUACCCGCUGUACCACAGCGAAGCCCUAAAGGCAUUCUUGGCUCCGUACAAAAACACUUUGCGCUGGUACGCUGACAUCGCUCAGGCUAAAGCUGUUCAGGAAGCGGUAAAGCAGUGGGGUGGUUCGGUGGAUAAACCGUUCGCUGCAGUCUCAGCUUUGGGUGCUCCACAAUUGGCCAGUCUAGCGUCGCCUGUUGGUACGCCAAUGGACGGCCCAGCAGUUGUACCAGGGCCUACAGAGGAAGAGAUAGCCAGUGCGAAAGAUAGCUGGGAAAAUGGACUCAGCCGGUUACAAGCGCCGUUGAAACAGGACAAAUAUUCACUGCCGACUAAAGACAGAAAGAACGUAUUGAUCACAUCGUCCCUGCCCUACGUAAACAACGUACCGCAUCUGGGCAAUAUCAUUGGCUGUGUGCUAUCAGGAGAUAUUUUUGCCAGAUAUUGUCGAGGGUGUGAUUACAAUACAAUACACAUAUGCGGUACAGAUGAGUAUGGAACUGCCACAGAGACCAAAGCAUUACAAGAAGGUCUAACGCCACAGCAGAUCUGCGACAAAUACUUCGAGAUUCACAACUCAGUGUAUCGCUGGUUCGACAUCGGGUUUGACCACUUCGGUCGUACCACUACACCGGAACACACACAAUUAGUACAGACACUGUUCCGUCAGGUGAGGGACAAUGGGUUCAUCAGCUCACAGACAGUCGACCAGCUGCACUGCGAGAAAUGCGACAAAUUCUUAGCUGACAGGUUCGUGGAAGGCACCUGCCCCCACCCCGGGUGCUUAUACGAGGACGCGAGAGGCGACCAGUGCGACAAAUGCGGAAAACUAGUCAACGCCAUAGAGUUGAUCAAGCCGCGGUGCAAAAUAUGCGGACAGUCGCCCGUUAUACGGCCGAGUGAGCAGUUGUUCAUAGAAUUGGGACAGUUGGAGCCAGCCCUCCGUUCAUGGUGGAGCAAAGUGGAACAGGGCUGGUCCCCGUCCGCCCGUGCGGUUGCCCGUUCGUGGCUGCGGGAGCCGCUGCGGGCGCGCGCUGUCACCCGGGACCUCAAGUGGGGCGUACCUGUCCCCUUAGAGGGGUACACUAAUAAGGUUUUCUACGUGUGGUUCGAUGCCCCGGUCGGGUACUGGAGUAUAACGCAAUGUCUUACUAAAGACUACGAGAAAUGGUGGAAGCCAGACAAAGAUAUACAUGUGAAGUUGUACCAAUUUAUGGCUAAAGACAACGUUCCGUUCCACGCUAUAAUGUUCCCGACAGCGAUUAUAGCCGCUAACCAAGGCCAUGUGCUUGUUGACCACAUCUUCGCUACAGAAUAUCUAAACUACGAGGAAGGCAAAUUCUCUAAGUCAAGAGGAGUGGGCGUUUUCGGAACUGAUGCUCAGGACACAGGCAUCCCGUCUGACGUAUGGAGAUUCUAUCUGGCCAGCGUUCGACCAGAAAGCUCAGAUUCUAGCUUCAGCUGGGUUGAACUAGGCACAAGAAACAACUCUGAACUGCUAAACAACCUGGGCAACUUCUGCCAUCGAUCGCUGAGUUUCUGCUCGAACUCCUUCAAAGGGAAAAUUCCAGAGCUACGCGCCACACACUCAGACUUCGAACUCAUGGCCCUUGUUAACAGGGAGCUAGUUGCAUACGUCCAACAUAUGGAGAAGGGUCGCCUCCGCGAAGCCUUAAAACAUGUCCUCCUCAUAUCCAAACUGGGGAACCAGCAUAUGCAGUCAUCGCAACCUUGGGUGCUGCUCAAAGGAACCGAUGAUGACAAAGUACGCGGUGCCACCGCCAUAGCAAUGUGCUGCCAACUAGUGGCGUUACUUUGCGUGCUGCUGACACCAUACAUGCCAGCCACUGGCCGCAGGUUGCGAGCGCAGCUAAACGUGGCUCCUGACGCGCUCAGACUCAACUCUGCGAAUCCAUCGUUCAUCCAAUACCUGCCAACGGGACACGUGAUAGGCAAGCCAGAGCCACUCUUCACCAAAAUAGAACCGGAGGUGGUCGAGAAACUUAGAGCCAAGUACGCUGGCACUCAAGACGAUAGGGAAAAGAAGCAAAACGGAGACAUCACAAGUGCAGGUGUGGGGAGUGUGGCAGAAUUAGAAAAAGCUGUGGCCGAACAGGGUGAGAAAGUCCGGAAGCUCAAAGCGUCGACCAAAGACAAGGCGGUAUGGACGCCGGAAGUGAACAAACUACUCGAGCUGAAGAAACAACUAGCUGCUGCGCAGCAAGCGCAGGCCACGCCCACUUCCGGUUCCGUUGCUGAGUUGGAAAAGGCGGUGGCUGCACAGGGCGAAAAGGUGCGACAGCUAAAAGCUUCGACAAAAGACAAAACAGUAUGGACGCCGGAAGUGAACAAGUUACUGGAGCUGAAGAAACAGCUAGCUGCUGCGCAGGCGCAAGCGCAGGCCACGCCCCCUUCCGGUGCGGCCGGCGACAGUGUCGCCAAUCUGGAGAAAGCUAUCGCUGAACAGGGAGACAAAGUGCGAAAGCUGAAAGCUUCGACCAAGGACAAGACAGUUUGGACCCCUGAGGUCAAUGUACUCCUGGAUCUCAAGAAACGCCUCGCAGCCCUACAAACUAAGUAGUACGGUGGUCAAAGGGUUAACUUAUAGUUAAAUUGUCUAUUUUAGGCGCUAAUUUAACUUAUUUGUUCUUAAUGAGAAAAUAAAUUAUUUAUUACCCAGAAAA